GGGGAGGAGGAGAGGGGAGAAGGGUUAGGUAUCUACUCCGGUGAGUAAACGCCAGCGGGGCACGGAGAGUGUGAAGGCCUGCUGCCAGGCGGGUGAACUCUGUACUGGGCCUAGGGCCGGCGGGAGGGUUCGGAACCAAGUCACCGCCCGCUGAGAACCGGAGGUCAGCAGGGGGUAAAGCCCUGGCCUAGGCUCCGGAAUGUCCGGCUGCGGCGCUUGUACUUGCGGCGCGGCGGCCGCUCGGCUCAUCACCACCUCGCUCACGUCCGCUCAGAGAGGUAUUUCUUGUGGUCGCAUUCAUAUACCAGUUUUAGGAAGACUCGGGACCUUUGAAACUCAGAUUCUGCGAAGAACUCCUCUUAGAACCUUUACAGAAACACCAGCAUACUUUGCCUCAAAAGAUGGGAUAAGUAAAGAUGGCUCUGGAGAUGGAAAUAAGAAAUCAGCAAGUGAGGGAAGCAAUAAGAAAUCAGGCUCUGGGAAUUCUGGGAAAGGUGGAAACCAGCUGCGCUGUCCUAAAUGUGGUGACUUGUGCACACAUGUAGAGACCUUUGUGUCAUCCACGCGUUUUGUCAAGUGUGAAAAAUGUCAUCAUUUUUUUGUUGUGCUAUCUGAAGCAGACUCAAAGAAAAGUAUAAUUAAAGAACCAGAAUCAGCAGCAGAAGCUGUAAAAUUGGCAUUCCAGCAGAAACCACCUCCUCCCCCCAAGAAGAUUUAUAACUACCUCGACAAGUAUGUUGUUGGCCAGUCAUUUGCUAAGAAAGUGCUUUCGGUUGCUGUGUACAAUCAUUAUAAGAGAAUAUAUAAUAAUAUCCCAGCUAAUCUGAGACAGCAAGCAGAGGUUGAGAAGCAGACAUCAUUAACACCUAGAGAGUUAGAAAUACGAAGACGGGAAGAUGAGUACAGAUUUACAAAAUUGCUUCAAAUUGCUGGAAUUAGCCCACAUGGUAAUGCCUUAGGAGCAUCAAUGCAGCAACAGGUAAAUCAGCAAAUACCUCAGGAAAAACGAGGAGGUGAAGUAUUGGAUUCUGCUCAUGAUGACAUAAAACUUGAAAAAAGUAAUAUUUUGCUGCUUGGACCAACUGGGUCAGGUAAAACCCUGCUGGCACAAACUCUGGCUAAAUGCCUUGAUGUCCCUUUCGCUAUCUGUGACUGUACAACUUUGACUCAGGCUGGAUAUGUAGGUGAAGAUAUUGAAUCUGUGAUUGCCAAACUACUCCAGGAUGCCAAUUAUAAUGUAGAAAAAGCACAACAAGGAAUUGUCUUUCUGGAUGAAGUAGAUAAGAUUGGCAGUGUGCCAGGCAUUCAUCAGUUACGGGAUGUAGGUGGAGAAGGCGUUCAGCAAGGCUUAUUAAAACUACUAGAAGGCACGAUAGUCAACGUUCCAGAAAAGAAUUCCCGAAAGCUCCGUGGAGAAACAGUGCAAGUUGAUACAACAAACAUCCUGUUUGUUGCAUCUGGUGCUUUCAAUGGUUUAGACAGAAUCAUCAGCAGGAGGAAAAAUGAAAAGUAUCUUGGAUUUGGAACACCAUCUAAUCUGGGAAAAGGCAGAAGGGCUGCAGCUGCUGCAGACCUUGCUAAUAGAAGUGGGGAAUCAAAUACUCACCAAGACAUUGAAGAAAAAGAUCGGUUAUUACGUCACGUGGAAGCCAGAGAUCUCAUUGAAUUUGGCAUGAUUCCUGAGUUUGUGGGACGGUUGCCUGUGGUAGUUCCUUUGCAUAGCCUAGAUGAGAAAACACUUGUACAAAUUCUAACUGAGCCACGUAAUGCCGUUAUUCCUCAGUACCAGGCCUUAUUCAGCAUGGAUAAGUGUGAACUGACUGUUACUGAGGAUGCUUUGAAAGCAAUAGCCAGAUUGGCACUAGAACGAAAAACAGGUGCACGAGGCCUUCGAUCCAUAAUGGAAAAGCUGUUACUAGAACCAAUGUUUGAAGUCCCUAAUUCUGAUAUUAUAUGUGUGGAGGUUGACAAAGAAGUAGUAGAAGGAAAAAAGGAACCAGGAUAUAUCCGGGCUCCAACGAAAGAAUCUUCUGAAGAGGAGUAUGAUUCUGGAGUUGAAGAAGAAGGAUGGCCUCGCCAAGCAGAUGCUGCAAACAGCUAAACUGUCAGAUUCCUGUCCUGUAUAUAAAGCUUUUCCUUCUUUUGUUUAGGAUUGUAAAUGUCUCUACAGUCUGACAUUAAAGGUAUUGGAUCUAUCUUGGAUAUCAUACAUGGUCAGAAGUCUUUAGGAUAAAAAUCAGAUCGUGUAUAUUAUUGUAACAUCACUGAUUUAUACAGAGGACAUUAUGCGGACUUUAAUGACACAAUGUUUAGGGAUAAAAUGUACAUUAUUUUGGUUCAGUUUUUUAAAAAUAUGCUUCAAGAAAAUUCUUAGGAGUUCUUUUAAGCAAUUUAGGUGUUGCAGUAACUGUGGAUUUUACAGUAAUGUUACUCUACAAAUGGGAAAAUAAAUUCUUUAAAAUUGAAUAUUGGCAUACCAUUCUUUAGUGUUACCUUUUUCUACCCACAUUUCCUGAAAAUAAAAGAAUUUUAUUCAUCUUAAAAAUUAGACCAGGUAGUUUCCAAAUAAUUAAAAUUUUUGUGGAAAAACAAGCUGAAGAACCAUAUUUUGAUGAUUUGUUUAGCUGUAUUCUUAGUCUUAUCUGCUAAUGCAUGACACUAAUUGGUACUAUAAAAAAGGCCAUUCUCUUGCUGACUUGUCUGAUUUAUUUGCCAUCUUUGAUCCAUUUUAGUACCAUGGGUGAGUAGGUGGGAACUGAAGUCUGGCUUAAGUCUUCAGAAAAAGACUAUACGUCUAAUUUUAUAAAUAGCAUGCAGUAUUAGUCAUAGUAACAAACAUGUGCUGACCUAAAUAAAAUAUUCUAAUAUUGUGCACUUAAAGUACUGAGCUAGUUUUUUUGUUUUGAUUUUUGAUGCCGGACAUUUGUCUAAUUCUUUGGCAACAUAGAAUGUCAAAAAAAAAAUCUGUUUUGCUAUCAGCCAAAGUGAAUGUGUUCAUACUAACAUAUAAGUUAUUAGCCUUUAUUAUAUAGCAAAACUAAAUAGUGGGGGGAAAUUUUUGGACUCAAAAAUGAAAAUUGUAUCAUUUGAUACCAUAAAUAUUGAAACAUUCAGGUACCUUUUAAGCUUUUUUCCUUCUAAAAUGAUACAAGUUUCUAUAUUACUCAGUUCAAUCUCAUUUGAAAUUGUUUAAAUCAGAGUACAUUUAAAUAUUGUUUUCAUUUUUUGGUUUAUAGACUCUUGAGUUUUCCUUUUACCCACUUUCUCUUAGGAAGAGAACCUUAAACUAUUAACAAAUUUUAAAUCCUGUUGAUGAAGAGUUGGACUUCCUAUGAUGUAAUAAAAGGGAUGUGAGGUACAUAUUUAUGCCUCAGAUAGGACCAGAAAUGCAGUUCUGCGGAGUGUGUAAGCCCGGUUGCUAUAGUAUGGAAUAGAAACAGGUAUCCUUCUUAGUCUCCUUAGUAAUGGUUCAAGUUCUCUCCAGCAAGUCUUUCAUAUUAAACUUUGUUCAUUAACCUUCUAUUUGUAUCAUUUUCCUUUUUGUAGAGUGGAAAUUGGAGUAGCUUCUAAAAUGCUAAAGGUUAUUUUCCAGCAUGGACUGGGAAACACUUUAGUUAUAACUUGCAUUUGGUUUUGGAAGUUGUUAACAAAGCAUAAUUGACGUUUUUAAAUCAAACACAACUGAGUAUAACUACAAUUUGUAUCUUGGAACAUAUGUUUUCGCAUUUGAAUAAAAUGAAAGGACUAAAAUGAAA